AUGGCAGGCUCCUCCGCGGAUCAGGGUAGAGGCCGGCGUGCGCAGCCCCCGUGGGCCCCCCCGGCCGGCUCCGAGCCCUGCAAGCUGCGCCUGUACAACAGCCUCACCCGCAACAAGGAGGUGUUUGUGCCGCAGCGUGGGCGGCGGGUGACCUGGUACUGCUGCGGGCCCACCGUGUACGACGCGUCCCACAUGGGCCACGCCAGGUCCUACAUCUCCUUCGACAUCCUGCGUCGGGUGCUGAGGGACUACUUCCAGUUCGACGUGUUUUACUGCAUGAACAUCACAGACAUCGACGACAAGAUCAUCCGGCGGGCCCGGCAGAACCACCUGUUCGAGCAGUACCGGGGGCGGCGGCCCCGCCCGGCCCAGCUCCUGCAGGACGUGCGCGCCGCGCUGGAGCCGCUGGCGGAGAAGCUGGGCGCCACCGCGGACCCCGACAAGAAGCAGAUGCUGGAGCGCAUGCAGAGCGCCGUGCAGCUGGCCGCCGGGCCGCUGGGGGACGCCCUGCGCGCCGGCCUGGCCGCCGAGGAGCUGGAGCGCCGGGCGCAGGUGCUGCUGGACGAGGCCCGGGACGUGCUCUCUGACUGGCUGGACUCCACCCUGGGCAGCGGGGUGACGGACAACUCCAUCUUCUCCGAGCUGCCCCGCUUCUGGGAGGCGGAGUUCCACAAGGACAUGGCGGCCCUGAACGUCCUCCCUCCGGACGUGCUGACCCGGGUCAGCGAGUACGUGCCCGAGAUCGUGUGCUUUGUCCAGAGGAUCGUGGACAACGGCUACGGCUACGUGUCCGGCGGCUCCGUCUACUUCGACACGGUCAAGUUCGCGGCCAGCGAGCGGCACUCCUACGGGAAGCUGGUGCCCGAGGCUGUGGGCGACCAGCAGGCCCUGCAGGAGGGGGAAGGCGACCUGAGCGUCUCGGCGGAGCGCCUCAGCGAGAAGCGGUCCCCCAACGACUUCGCGCUGUGGAAGGCCUCCAAGCCGGGGGAGCCGUCCUGGCCGAGCCCGUGGGGAAAGGGCCGCCCAGGGUGGCACAUCGAGUGCUCGGCCAUGGCGGGCACCCUCCUGGGCGCCUCGAUGGACAUCCACGGCGGCGGCUUCGACCUCCGCUUCCCCCACCACGACAACGAGCUGGCCCAGUCCGAGGCCCACUUUGAGAACGACUGCUGGGUGCGCUACUUCCUGCACACGGGCCACCUGACCAUCGCCGGCUGCAAGAUGUCCAAGUCCCUCAAGAACUUCAUCACCAUCAAGGACGCCCUGAGGAGGCACACCGCGAGGCAGCUGCGCCUGGCCUUCCUCCUGCACUCCUGGAAGGACACGCUGGACUACUCGGGCAGCACCAUGGAGUCGGCCCUGCAGUACGAGAAGUUCAUGAGUGAGUUCUUCCUGACGGUGAAGGGCCUGCUCCGCGCGCCCCUGGACCCCCUGGACGUCACCGGCCGGUUCGAGAAGUGGGGGGAGGAGGAGGCCGCGCUGAACGAGAGCUUCUUCGCCAAGAAGGCGGCGGUGCACCGGGCGCUCUGUGACAACGUGGACACGCGCUCCGCCCUGGAGGAGAUGCGGGCGCUGGUCAGCCAGUGCAACCUGUACAUGGCCGCCCGCAAGGCCGCCCGGAGGCAGCCCAGCCGCGGCCUGCUGGAGGGCAUCGCGGGGUACCUGACCCGCAUGCUGCAGAUCUUCGGGGCCAUCGAGCAGGAGAGCGCCCUGGGCUUCCCCGUGGGGGGCCCCGGAAGCAGCCUGAACCUGGAGGGCGCCGUCAUGCCGUACCUGCAGGCGCUGUCGGAGUUCCGGGCCAGCGUGCGCAGGAUCGCCCGCGAGAGGAACGUCCCCGAGGUGCUGCAGCUCAGCGACGCCCUGCGGGACGACGUCCUGCCCGAACUUGGGGUGCGGCUGGAGGACCACGAAGGCCUGCCGACCGUGGUCAAGCUGGUGGACAGAGAAACGCUCCUGAGAGAGCGAGCGGAGAAGCGGAGGGUGGAGGAGGAGCGGAGGAGGAAGAAGGAGGAGGCCGCCCGGAAGAAGCAAGAACAAGAGGCGGCCAGGCUGGCCAAGAUGAAGAUCCCGCCCAGCGAGAUGUUCUUGUCCGAAGGCGACAAGUACUCCAGGUUUGAUGAAAACGGACUGCCCACACAUGACACGGAGGGCAAGGAGCUGAGCAAGGGCCAGGCCAAGAAGCUGCGGAAGCUCUUCGAAGCCCAGCAGAAGCUGCACGCCGAGUACCUGCAGAUGGCCCCGUGCGGGGGCGCCCCCUGA